AUGAAGGCCAGGGUAGCCAUGGCCCACUUGGCACUCAUAUUCUCGAACAUGGCAAUACCCGCGUGGGCAAGGGCAGCAGCGAUGGAGAAGGAAGGAAUGGUGAAGGCAGCGAUACCGGAGUUACUCAAUCCGGCCUCGGAGGAAUCCCCAGACAGUGACAAGAGAAGUGAGGAAUCUAGCUUCUGGUCUUGGAAUACCUCCGUUUCUUUCUCUGUCACGUUUAAAGAGCCAGGUUUGGAUAGGCACGAGGAACACCACGAGACCGGCACUCACCACAAAGUUCAAAUACGUGAGCUCGGCGCCCAUGGCGGUAAGGUUGUUGUUGUACACAAACACAGUAAAGAUACCGUCAAGGUACAAGAACAGCAAACCGUAAGCGAAACCGUUGAACAAACCGAGGAAAAUAACAAUUGGCUCGGUGGUCAUCAUACGCAAAGCCAUAAUACAGAUAAACUUGAUUUCGCUGAGAGCACUGACCUUGUCCACAACAAUAGUGGUGUUUGGGUCUUCGGCGUCUGUGACUUCGUGCAAAAAGUCUGGCUCUUUACCAGUGAUGGUCUUGGCAAAGUACUUGAACUCUCUGACAAAGUAUGGAGGAACAGACUUACCCUCGAUGGCCAUUCUUUCUGGAAUAACGAUUCUUGGCAAAAACACCCACUUGAAGCCCAAGUUGACGUUCUCACCAAUAGCCUCACCAAUAACACCUCCAACGGAAGGACCAGCGUUGGCAGAGAAAACGAAAAGCGACAUUGGCUGAGAAGCAACGUCAGAGUUUCCGAAGAGAUCACCAAUAGUACCAGCAACAUUAGAAAGCGAGGUAGAACCACAGACACCAAUGAUGAACAUGAAGAUGGCGAGCAUAGGCAUGUUUUUAGGGUAUGCACAUCCAAAGUUGAAAAUAACAUACAACAGGAUAGAAAUGACAUAAACCCAUUUUCUACCUCCAAUAUCGGACAAAGGACCAAGGAAAGCUGGACCCACACCAGUUCCCAAGAUGAACAUGGACUGACCAAGGGCAGAGACCUGGGCGGUGGUACCAAAUCUUUCUUGGACAAUCCACUCGACAGCAACAUAAGAAGUCGAAGUCAUGUUGACAUAGGCCUGCAAAAGACAGUAGAUACAAACGAUGAGGUACUUCUUCCAAACUGGCCAGUUGUAUGGAUGGUAUGGGUUGUCCAGAGUGAAAAGGACCGAGGCCUCGACUGGGUCCUCAGUGAUAUCCUUGAGUUCAAGUCUCUUUUUCUCAGAGGUGAUAGGAGAAAUAGUCUGCUUCUCUGA